AUGUUAUCUCUCUUCGGGUGGGUGGUUUUUGGACCUACAUCCGCAGUAAUCUCAGCGGCAAGCUCAAAUCACGUCUCUGUCAGCAACGAGGAACUUGGCGACCUUCUCACCUCGUUCUGGCAGCAGGAGGAAGUCUCAAAACCUGAAGGCAAUGAAAGCGGUCUCACGAAAGAAGAGGCAGAUUGUGAGGAGUUCUUCCAGCGCACCCAUGUUCUAGAUCGCUCAGGGCGCUAUAUUGUUCUUCUGCCUCUAGUUCGUUCUCCCUCAGAGCUCGGUGAUUCUCUAGGCCGCGCAAAGGCGUGUCUUACGAGCCUGCUCAGGAGGUUAGGAAAAGGUCAGAGUUCUUUACAGCUUUAUAGUGAUUUUCUUAAGGAGUAUGAAGAGUUGGGGCACAUGGUGCGUGCUCCGGUUGUGCCUGUCUCAUGCGUUUCUCGAGUCUUGGAUUGUCAACCUGACGGGAUGACCUUGGCACAUGGAGCUUCGGCUUCAGGAGGGUUGAGGGUUCCUGAAGGGGGGCAAUCAUAUCAGGAUUCCGGUCGGUGUUCGUCUCUCAGGCAAUCUCACUCUUCUGCUCCUACAUACUACUUUCCUCAUCAUUGCGUUCUCCGGGAAAGUAAUGAAACUACAAAGCUGAGAGUAGUGUUUAAUGGCUCCAGUAAAACUAGCUCAGGAGUGUCUCUCAACGACAUUCAGCAUAUUGGAGCCAAACUACAAAAGAACAUCUCUGACGUGCUUCUCUGGUCUCGACAGAGCAAGUACAUCUUCAUGACGGACAUCAGGAAGAUGUUCCGUCAGAUCAAGGUGCAUCGGGAAGACUGGGCUCUUCAACAAAUCUUGUGGCGUGAUUCUCGGGGUCAGAUCUGCACCUAUCAGCUCACCACUGUCACCUACGGGACUAAGACUGCUCCAUGCCUCGCCUGUAGGGUUCUCAACCAACUGGUCACGGACGAGGGAUAUCGUUUCCCUCUGGCCGUCUCACCGUUGACCAGUGGUAGAUAUGUAGACGAUAUCUGUGGUGGAGCUGAGGAAGAAGAUGAUCUCCAUGUCGUAGCUCAGCAAGUGGUGGAGCUCUGCUGGGCCGGCGGAUUCCCUCUAGCGAAGUGA